AUGGAGAGAAUGCGCAUUGAUCUUUUUGAUGAUGAAGACGAGGAUGGAAAAGUGCGAAGUGAUAUACGCGAAAGGAUUGGUACACAUGGCACUCCCAGUUGCAACGUUGAGUUCCAAUGCGCCCAUAUCAUCCACGGUGAUUAUGAGCCCAGUGACCGUGAUAACGCAAGUCUCCUGGUUUUGAAAGCAUCCCCGGUGCCCAAAAAGCCCUCGCGGACGAUCGUUAAAUUGACGCUUGGGCUUACUGUCCUUCCCGAGCAUUGCCAACAAAGAGACAUACACACACUUGAUGACUGGGGAAGUGCAAAGCUACCCACCUUGAUAUCAUUUGAACCUGCUGGCGACGGUGCCGAGCAGUUGAAUAUGCGAACUACAAUUGAGACCCACGAGACCGCAUACAAUGGAUCUUUCACAGGUGGAGCUUUCGGGGUCUCAGGAGGACUGGGAGCAUCCAGCACAGAGACUACCCAGUACAAGAAGAAUCACAUGUUGCGCACGAAUGUCGCCUUGACUCGGUUGAGAGAGACACGUGACGUGCUCCCUGCGACCAAGUACAAUCAGGUCACCUGGAAUUUGGCAGCAGGAACCGAAGACACUGGGAUCGGCGAUAGCUUCACAGUCGCAUUGCUUGUGAAGCGCCCCACGGGAGAAGGGUUCAGUCUAUGGGUGCAUUCUCGUUCCGAAACCAACAGCAACAAAGACAAGCUAGGCAACACAUUCACAAAAGCCACUCAAAGUAUAAUGGGUGACAGGCUCCAUUUCCUGCAGGGAUUCAGUCCUGGCGAAGGAAGCUCAGCUGCAGCUACGGAGAUCCCCGAAGGGAUUGAUCGACAUAACCUACAUGCUGCCUCAACGGAAGACAGACUUAAACAGCUACGUUUGGGAAUCCACCUCCCAGAGACAGCCAAGCUAGUCAAGCGGAGAUCGCCAGUUGAAAAAACGCCCCAAUAUGCUUCAUCUGAGGGGGAAGUGCUCUCAGAAUCUGAGCCAAAACAGGAUGCGAUCGAAGAGCACCGUAAGACCAUGCCGACAGUCACACUAGGACAGGGGCCAGCUACACAAAGUCCCACCCAGACUACGUGUCAGUCCACACCUUCGCUCUGGUGUGAGACUGCAGGGGCUGAAAUCCCUCAUUUUUCAAUGACCCGCGUGGCGCGACACCGAAAGAUGGCGGCUUUGUACGAACGAUUGGCCGAGUUGCACCGUGAGGAAGCCAGAGAGUAUUUACCAGCUGACGAACGCACCUACGCCAAUCAGGCCGAGCGGGGUACCUAA